AUGCUGAAGCAUGCGGCCGGAUUCAACAUCUUGGACGCCGACCCGGUAAACCUCGUGGCCACGAUCGAGUCGGUUCUAAAACACUCCCAAGAGCCAGCCGAGACAGAGAAUCUCAUUCGGCAACAAGUCACCUCCCUGGUUAUGACGCACAAACCGCGAAUAGUCAUACCGAGUGCGCAGCAGGAUUCCCUCAGGGCGCUGAAGGCGGACAAGUGUAUCGUGAUCCUACCGGCAGAAAAAUGGCAAUCGACAGUUAUACUUGACAAGGCCGGGUACCUCCAGAAAGCCAAUGCCUUGCUGGAGGACAGGCAGGCGUACUCCCGUGAAGAAGCUGGUGACGCAAAUAAAUACGACGCUCACCAUGCUACAAAAUAA